AUGGCAUCGGCCUCGGCUCGCAUCUUCCUCGUCCGCCACGGCGAAACGGACUGGAUAGUAGGCGGCAAGCACAACAGUCGCACCGAAGUGCCACUCUCCAAGACCGGCGAGAGAGAGGUGGACCGGAUCCAGCAGUUUCUCGUGGGCCCAGAUGCUCUGAUUGAUCCUCAAAACGUGGCGAGGGUAUACUGCUCGCCCCGAUGCAGCGCCCGUCGUACGGUCGAGCUGCUCGAACUCGGCAUCCACAAUCAUCAGCACUUCUACGACCGCGAGAGCAAUUCCCGCGAGACGACUGGGUCCAAAAUGCGAGUCGAGACGGCGGAGCCUAACAUCCAGGUGACACCCUGUCUCCAGGAAUGGGAUUACGGCGAUUAUGAGGGUUUGACGCUGAGGGAUAUCCACCAACUGCGCCAGAAACAGGCACAGGAGCAGGAAAGGCAGGAAUGGAAUAUCUGGAGGGAUGGAUGCCCUGGGGGGAGUAUGUCUCCCAAGCAGGUCAGCGAUCGCCUGGACUCGCUCAUCCAAGAAAUCAAAUCCUUCAUCGAGAAAAGCUCAACCACCUGGCCAAGCGGGCAAAUUGAAGGCGCCCGCAGCCAGCAGGCGCAGGAUAUUGUCUGCGUCGGGCAUGGCCAUGUUCUGGCUGCGCUGGCGCUGCGCUGGGUCGGGUCGUCGUUGAUGGCCGGGCAUAUGCGGCUCAUUUUCGAGCCGGGAGGUGUGGCUGUUUUGGGGUAUGAACCAUUAUUUCAUAUAAUCAAUACCUGGCAUUUCACUAACUUAUACAAUUCUAGUUUCGAGCACGAUAAUCCCAAUCAUCCGGCGAUCUUAGUAGGCCGGAAGCCGGGCAAGUCGGAUCGGACGCUGUAG